AUGGACGCGCUGCUGCGCGCGAGCCAAGCGAGUGGUCACGAGGGCGCGCCCAACAUCUUCGCCUCCGCGCCGUCCACGCGGGAAAUGUCCGCGGAACUACGCGCCGCUCAGAGCACCGUCGACCUCUUGUCGAGCCAGUUCAUGCGCUCGAUGGAGCAAUGCAAGGACGUGCAGAAACGUCUCGCGGCCGCUGGUCGGAUGUGCAAGGAGCUCGAGCGCAUCAAACCUCGGUGCACCGACGCAGCCGUCCAAGCGAGCCUCGACGCGUCGGGCACGCCGCUGCAGGGCGCCCGCAUCACGGCGUCUGCGCCCUUCCAGUUCGCGCGGGGCACGCGCCGGAUCGACUGGGCGCGGCUGCGCGGCAUCAACGUGGAUGAGGUUGUCGACGGCAUCAACGUCGAGGCGGCGCUGUCGGUGCUCGAGGACGUGGCCUUCGGGGACCUCGCGGGGGAGUCGCCGUUCAACAUGAACGAAGGGAACCUGACGCAGCUGUGCCGCCUCGGCCAGCUGAUCGUGCAGUUUUUGAUCCAUGAGCGGCGGCAGGCGGCGGGGCGGAGGAUGGCGGACGUCCAGCAGCGCGACCUGAUGAUGGCGAUGCUCAGCCGGCUCGACGUGGAGGACCAGCGGAGCAGUGUCCAGGGCCUGCCGGCGCAGAUGGCGCGAAUGGAAGACGAGAUUCGGCGUCUCGGGGCGGAGGACAUGGACGCGCUGGCCGACGAGCUGAGGCGCUCGCACGCGCUGUAG